AACAUAUUACGGUACCGUGACAUAUUUUUCAAUAUUUAAACUUUGUUCUUUUUCUUAAAUACUGAAUAAAAAUGAAGGAAAUUUUGGAAAUUUUAUGCGGAAUAAUUGUUCUCGUUUUUGCCUUUCAUUAUUAUUACAAAUUGAAGUUUGAUUUCUGGAAAAAACAUGGAAUACCUGGACCUAAACCCAUAAUAUAUUUUGGCACGGCAAAGGACAUGAUAUUACAGAAAAAAGUACCUAUAGAAUAUUAUAAGGAGAUAUAUGAUGAAUAUAAACAUGCGUCACUAGUAGGAUUCUUCAUUAAAACAAAUCCAAUUUUAAUGAUAAAUGAUCCCGUUUUGAUCAAGGAUGUUCUGAUCACAGACAGUAUGAUAUUUACAGAACGUGGUAUUCCUUACUCCAAAAAGGGUGAACCGAUAAUGGACACGCUUUUUUGGACAAAAGGAGAAGAAUCAUUACAUUUAAAAGCAAAACUGUCGCCACUUUUCACACCUAGUAAACUUAAAAAUAUGCUAUCUUUAUUAAUACAACGCUCGGAGGCUUUCAAAAAUUGGUUGGACAAUUCGCUGUUAUUGAAGAAUAAAUGUAUAAAUUGUAGCGAAUUGGCGGAUAAACUUACUGCUGACUAUUCUAGUGUCUGUUUACUGAAUUAUGAUAUCAAGUCUUUCCAAGAUGAAGAGAAUGAAAUUUGUAAAUAUGUGAAAAGGUUCAAUAAAGGAGAUUCAUGGAAAUAUAUACUCAAACAGUUGCUACCAGAUAAAGUAAUAUACAAUAAAUUAUAUGAUUUAAUCAGCUAUUAUUUGUUUGAUGCCGAAGUAAUGCAAUUUUGUAUCCGUUUCGCUAUGGAUAUUGUAAAUUACAGAGGAAAACAUAAUAUUGUCAAAUAUGAUGUUAUUAAUGUACUUAAGGAGUUCAAGAAAAACAAAAAAUCGACUGAAAAAGUAGAAAUGUUGGACCAAUAUUUUGUUACGCAAUUAUUUGUGCUCUUCUUGGCUGCAUAUGACACGUCUGCUAAAACAAUAUCUAACGCAUUGUACGAAUUAGCUUUAAAUCAUACUAUUCAAAACAGACUUCGCGAAGAAAUAAGAAAUAUAUAUAUAAAAAUUACUGGAGAAAUAACAUUUGACGAUAUGAAUACGAUGUUCUAUCUGGAUGCAGUCUGUAAAGAAACGCUACGAAAAUAUUCAAUAGCUGACGUAAUCAUGAGACAAGCCUCAUCAGCUUACACUUUUAGAAAUUCUCAACUAACUAUCCCAAAAGGUCAAGUAGUCAAUAUACCUGUCCAUGCUAUUCAUCUCGAUCCAGAUAUAUAUCCCAAACCUGAAAUUUUUGAUCCUGAGAGAUUCAUUGGUGAAGCAACUCGAUCUAGACAAUCAAUGCAUUACAUACCUUUCGGAUAUGGCCCAAGAAAUUGUCUUGGUGAACGAUUUGGCCUAUUACAAUUCAAAAUGGGACUCAUUACUUUUUUACGAAAUUAUAAAUUGGAUGUUUGUGAAAAAACCCCAAGAAAUUUAAAAUAUAUUUCCGCAGUACUUGUUCAACAACCUAAAGACAUAUAUCUUAAAAUAACAAAAAUUGAAUAAUACCUAAUACAU